AUGUCUCCUGUUUACCGGCGCUUGAAACAUGGCUACAUUCGGCUUCUCACCCUUCUUCCGGGCGACGUAUUUGAUCCUUUAUCAUGCACUUUGCAAGAGGUCUUGCUAGAAUCGUCUCCUUAUUUCGAGGCUGUUUCGUGCGCAAGAGAAGCAUUCGAUGUUUCUGAGAAUCUGACUAUUCAAGCCUGCGAGUCGAAUGAAAGCCCCAAAUUCAUCCCGAUUUCAUCACAGAUUCUGUCCCUUCUAUUCUCCCUUCGCAGCACAGUCGACGCGAGGACACUAUGGAUCUAUGAAAUCCGCGUUGAGCAGGCAGAUCCAUCAGAAAAGAGCACCCAAGCGAAGCUUUUGCGGCAGAUCUUCGAAAGCGCUGUACGCGUGAUUCUGUGGCUGGGUCCCACCGCUGAGGACGGAAGCAACGAUCGGGCUCUCACGUUUCUCAAGAGAAUGGCCAUGCAUAGGAAAUACAACGAUAGAGGUGAAUACCUUGGUGGCAGGAGACUUGGUUCCGACACCAGCUCCGAGUGUGGAGAUGGGAGGCGGGCGGGUAUUUCGGACGAGGAGGCGGACGACGACGAUGAUGAGAAGGACGACGAGGGCUACGAAAGUGGGCCCCUUUCUGAUAAUGACCUUGAUAUCGUUGAUGAUAGGACUUCUUCCAUAGUCUCGUCUGAUACCAGGGCUUUUUUGGAGAGAGUCAACGCAUCAGAGCCGCUCAUGUCUCAUUCCGAACUUCUUCGCACUGAGAUACACCAGUUCUUUUCCGGCAUCGGAUGGUUUCUGCGUAGUAAGUACCGGCACUACUUCGUCUACGGCUACUGGAACCCAUACCGAGCAUGGAGAAUCAGCAGAGCCUGGGAAAGGGCUGUUCUAGCAUGGGAGCUUAACCGGUCAAGAGUUGGCUACAUAGCUUUUGGGCGGCCCGUUCUUUACGAGAACCACAUGGAUUACUUCUUCCAGGAGCGCUACCAAGCCGACUGGGAGGCGGUCGACAGACUCCUUGAACAUCCAUGGUGGAGCCAGACGUGGACUGUUCUGGAGGUCUGGUGUGCUAAAGACCGAGCAGUGAUCCAGUGCGGGCAGCGGACGAUCAAGUGGAAGACCUUGCAAAAGGCACUACCAUUUGCCGAAGCUUGGGACGAUAUGGGAAAGACAAUGAUUGAAACAAAAGACGUACGCAUGAGCGAGUGGCCGCAGCUGUUCGAACGAUACGCAAGAGCUUUCCACCUCUUGAAGAAGCGACUCAUGGAUGGAAAGCUAUCAGACCUCUUGUGGAACACCUGGGACAGAGAUGUGGCUGACCCUCGUGAAAAAGUGUUUGCGAUGCUCAGUCUCGCUAGUAGCUUCCGUUGCUGGUCUCAACCUGACUACAACAGGUCCGUCAAGCAGGUAUUCUGCGCAGCAGCAAGAGAUAUCAUUCGUGACGAAAACAGCCUUGAUAUCUUGUUGGCCGGUGGAAGGAUAGAAAGACAGGACGAGGCAAUCUCAUUGCCGAGCUGGGUUCCAGACUGGCGCAGGGAACAUAGCCCACUUCAGGGGCGGCCGAUGCCCCUGGUUGAUCAAUCGCGUAUUCAAUCUCUCUUCGUCGCUGGGUCGAUUGAGUCUCUUGUUGUAAACGGACACGGAUUCACGGCUUGCGCAGACACAAAACCAGUUGCUUGGUUUAGCCACGAUCUCGACCGGUUGCAUGUUCGAGCCGUAUUCGUUGAUGAAGUGGAGUCGACUGCUCCUCCGCAUGGCUCGAGAUCAGAGAGUGGCGUCAAGAACACCGUGAAUGAUGCUUGUCUCGUAGCCCGGGCUGCGUUCUUCGACGGGAAACCUAAUUGGUGGAAUAAGGACGAGAAGGAUGGGUUGCCUGGCCUGGUCAAGAGCGUUCUAAUGGCUGGUUCCCGUGGCACUAUGGAUGAAGAGGAAGCCAUAGGAGAGACCAUGAUCUUCCGACGCUUCUUCAUCACAAAGGAUGAGCGGUACCUCUGUAUUGGAACCCAAGGAACCCUACCCGGAGACAAGAUCUUCAUUGUUGCUGGAUGCAAUCUGCCCCUGGUUCUCAGGGAGCACAAGCGGGCAACAAACAAUGGAACGGCGCUCUAUGAGCUGGUUGGGGAAGCAUACGUCCAUGGUGUCAUGAAAGGUGAAUUCUUCGCAAGUAGGAAAGCCAAGGUUGGGUGGGAGAAGUAUGCUUGGUGGCGGCCACCGAGGAAAAGUGAGGUCAAUUGGGAGGAGUUGGUUAUUCAGUGA